GCGACGGAGCGACGGAGCGACGGAGCAAAGAGCAAAGAAGAGGGCGUACAGGCGACAGCUAUUUGUAGCAGUGAAGCACCAGAGAGCGAGCGCGUGAGAGAUUCAAACUCUCUUAGCGUAACUAUUCAGGGAGUUCGACUCACACCCAAAUCUACAUACAGCAGCUGGUGGAGACCCAGUAAAUGGAGGCUGCUCAACUUCCAGCGGAUGCCCUGCCUGCGGGGUGGUCAUCGGGAGGGGCUGGCGCCGGCGACCCAGAGUCGGCACAGCGCAAGGCGCAGCAGGAGCAGCAGGAGCAGGAACGACGAAAGCAGAUCCUGGACCAAAUCAUGACUGUGGAGGCGCGCCUCCGUUUGAGCAAUAUCGCGAUGGUUAAGCCGGACAAGGCGAGACGCGUGGAGGAAAUGCUAAUACAUGCGGCAACGUCGGGAAAACUCGGCGGCAAGGUCACGGAGGACCAGUUCAUCCAGAUGCUGGAGCAGGUGAGCUCGCAGAUGGAAAAGAGGACGAAGGUGACCAUCAAGCGGAAAACGUACUUCGACGAACAAGACUCGGACGACAACGAUGACGAUAUGAUGUAAAUCGGGUUUUACAAGACCCAGGAAAGUCGCCCUAUCGGUUUUGCCAGCUGCGUGAUGCGUUGCCGACAUGUGUAGGUGAACGAGUGUUGCUUCUUGAGCUUCGUUGUCAAUAAAGGAGGCGCCGGGUUGUGUUGAUUACAGAAAUGCUUCCCGCUAGGUCGCGAGCUUGGUUUGGUGGACUUGUACAGAACAAGGGGGCAGCAAAGAUGCGUAGCCAGUAUUUUUUUAACCUUUUUUCAGGUAGCAAACUCCAUGUAACCGCACCCGAGGUUGGCCUCUUCCACACGAACGGAUUUGCAUCAAGCCGCCCGAUAGACCGGAGUGACGGAGGUUGUGUAUCACAUGUUCAAAGAUGUAGGUAGCUGGCGGCUUGCUGGAUCUACCAGCCGGUUGAAGGCAGCACACAUCACAUCGUGUUGGUGAUUCGCAGGUAUGUAUUCGGUGCUGUCCCGAUGCCUUCGAUCUUAGUGUAACUCGGGAACAUAUGCGGUGGUUAAUUGGAACUACGCUGGGGGUGUCGUCGCUCCGCACGGGCAGCUCCAGCAGUAUCAAGAGUAGUGCCAAGCCGCUGAUGAGGGACAUCGAUCUGCUGGGAAGGAAACCAUCAACCUAGGAAUGACCCCAUCCGUUGCACAAUUGUACCUUGUUUCUCGAUGGUUUCGCGGUCGGCACUUCGGCCCAAAACAUUUCGUUGCUCUCUUCCUUGUUACCCGCCUCCGAACUGUCGGAGGUGUUCUUCUCCGGGAGUAUCUGUUUUUUGGUGGGACGCAGAAUAUUUGAUCCGAGUGUGUCAAGACGGCAGGGUUGUUGGAAAAACUGUGAGCGACGGUUGAUAGAGUCAAUCGAUUCACAGGAGUUGUGUUGUUCGUGGAGGGCAGAGCAGAGUCAUUUCUUCGUCUACACGUUUCUUUCAGGAGUUUCUUCAAAUGAUGCAACUCUGACAUACUACUUUAGUCCUGACUUCCGAAGUUGUCCGGCGUGCCCGUGGUUCAGAACGCAAAGAUAU